AGUCAGCGCCACCGCACUACUCUCUCGUCGCGCAGAAAAAUGAAUGCCUCUAGCCAUGGCGAUGUUUGAAGAGAGGCGCAGCACGAAGAUUUUACUCGAUGACACGCUACCACUCUCGUGUGUAAUUGAAUCGUUUGAAAAUGUCCAAGGCCAUACUUGCUACAACCUGCGAGUGCAGCGUGGUUUUCACCAGGAGACGACGUGGAUGGUGCAAAGGCGGUACAGCGACUUCAAUGCCCUCCACAGCCAGCUCCAAGCUUCGGGCCAGGAGUUGCCUCUUCCACCUAAGAAACUAUUCAAUAACAUGAGUCGAGAAUUCAUUGCCGAGAGGCAACAGAAACUGCAGGAAUAUUUGGACCAGGUGCUUUCAGAGCCAUUAUUGUCACAAUGCCUGGCUGUCAAGCGCUUCCUGGACCCAAAUAAUUACAACCAAAACUUCUGUGAGGCAGCCCUUCAGCAUGUCUCCAUGUUGUUUCGGUCCGAGGAUCACUGGGAAGUGGUGGACCCACUUCCAGACAUAGGAUGGCGAUUUCGGAAACAGUACUUUAUGGUCCGCAACAAGAGUGACCUCAAGGAAAAGCCUCGACUGCUGAUGUGGGUUCCUCUGGGUCCCGAUUUCUACCUCAGUGUCAAGGACUUGCAAGUGGCUCUCAAGUUGCUCACUACCAUACAGCACCCGAAUGUGUUGCCUUUUUGCCUUGGCUGCGUCAAUGAGAGUGGGGCGGCCUUGGUGCAAGAGUUCUGUCCUCAGGGCUCACUCAGGGAUGAGCUGUGUCAGGCCAAGCCCCGAGAUAGUUACCUCAGGAAGUACGGCACCGUCCGACAUCCCAAGCAGCUAGCUCCAGCCACUGUGGCCAGGCUGGGCAAACAGGUGCUGCAGGUUCUGUCGGGGCUGCACCAGCACGGAUUCCACCAUGGGCAUUUGCACCUUGGCAACAUUGUCCUACGAGGUGAUGACUGUGUGGUCACGGCACUGCAGAAUCAGCUGCUUGGCCUGCCCAGCCGGCUACGACCAUUAGUUGUUGGCCUCAAGAAAGUCAGGACUGCAGAGGCCAUGGAUGUGUAUAGCUUUGGCCACCUGAUCUAUGAAAUGACAUUCGGCAGGCCUUGCAGCACUCCAACUUGCGACAGCUUCCCGGCACCCUGCCCUCCAGAACUGAGGUCUGUUCUGGAGGCACUUCUUUCUGCGGAAGCGUGCAAGAAUGGACUGCCUUCAGUGGCCAAUCUGCUUAUGCACCCCUUUUUCCAGAAAGUGGCACCAGCCAACGGAAGCACAGCCAAACUGGCACUCAAAGUUCCUAGUUUCUUGAGAGAUGCACUCAAGACUGCACGCUCACGCACGGAGAAGAGGCUACAGGAGGACCAGAAACAGCUGCGACAGCGCACCAAGCUGAGCAAAGUGCAGGCACGUUUGUCGCAGGAUGACGACCGCAAGAAAAGGUUGCUCGAGCUGAGAAAAGCAGAGAGCAGCCGGACACAGGCAACUGCCGGCACACGCUCCCCAAGCACGAAAGCUGAGGACACCCCUGUGACGAAGACUCAAGUGCCACCUCCCCCUCCUCCUCCGCCACCUCCCCCUCUGUUGAUGGCUAGUGGACCACCACCACCACCACCACCGCCUGGACCACCAACUCCAGGGUCAGGAUCGUCAGGAUCUUCCACUGACCGCUCUGCCCUACUCUCCUCCAUCACGUCCUUCAACAAAGGUGCCUUGCGCAGGACCACUACCAAAGACUGCAGCAAGCCCAAGCUCUGACCGGCCACUAGUGGUGUUGCUCUAGGAUAACAGUUAACAUGCCCAGUGUAUCAUACACGCUGUGCCACACUUAGGAGACAUCAAUUUUACCCAGCACAAGUCUGAAACCAACCUUAAUUCAACAGGAGCCAAAUUCAGGUUGUUCGUUCAUGGAGCACCGAACCAGCUUCAUUGCAUAUUAUGAAAGUCGUGCAGCAAUCGGAACAGGUACACGCACACAGUGCUGAUCACCAGAUGAUGCCACAGCACUGAUUAUCGUCACUGUAUGUGUCUGUUUCUAUUGUCUCUGUUCUGACAUGCUUCACAACUUUCAGAAUCAUUGUCUUAUGCGAUGUCUGAGCUCUAAUGACUCCAUAGUAGGAGCGCUGUUUCUCACCAAGUUCCGGUGAAAUGCAUAAACAAUACAUCGGGAAGAUAUUCUGCUUUGUAAAAGUUGUUCAACACAUUCCUUGGUCGCUUUUCCAGAGUCAGCACGGUGGUCUAGGCUUUCUUUUUUUCAACUUGGCACAAGCUUUCUGUUACCUCAUCAAAGGAUGCUGCUGCAUGCCCCGAGCCAGCAUUCACCAGUAUUCUUUUUGUUAGAGGCAAACAGUUGUCCGGAUGUUUCAUGCGGCACAAAAGAUGGAAGGCUGUUCUGGGCUGUAGGAUGGGUGGCUGAACAUUUUUCAUCCUAAGUGUUGUAUCAGGCCCUCUGCCGAUAAUGGGUAUGUACAGAAAUGUCUCGUCAUGGAGAUGCAUUCCUCAUCCUCAAAACUUGUGGCAACACUUUCUUAUGUGACAGACAUAAGUGGCGUCGUUUUCAUAUCUAAUAUAUGUAGCGUUUAGUGAACAUUUAGGAAUUUUCUCCUUCAGAUUUAUUGGAACAAAUUGGAUAUUUAAUGGCUAUCAUAUACAUCAUGAUUAAAAGUUUAAUGAACAAGAAUUGGCGGAAAUGUGUUAACCUGUCCACUGACUGGGCACCUGAACAAGUGGUCUUUUUUCAGGCGUUGUACAAGAGACUGCCCUCGCAUUAUUAAGUAGACUAAGUUUAAAAUAAAGUAAUUUCCUUUGAUCACGGUGUCCUAGGCGCCAAGCAGAGCACAGGAGUAUGGAAAACAGUGCUGUGCAAACUUGAGUUCAUUUCCUUUUCCCAUUUUUUUAUCAGAGCUGAAAUUGAUAGUAUUUUAAUUUGAGCAUGUGGUACAGCAUAUUUGAUAUGCUGGGCAUUAGAAGGUUAAAGUGUGAUGUAUGUUAAUCCUUAAAUAAGGACAAUGGUUUGACUUGCUGGGAAGGAUGCAAGUUUAACAAUAGCAUAAAACUGGGAAGGAGGACUGCAGUGUUGUGUCACAAAUUAUGCCACCUUUGCUCUGGCUGCAGUUCAAAGUUUACACAAUGCGUACGGCAGUAUAAGGACAUGAAACGGUGUUCUCUGGAAGUCAAAUGGAAGAGUCUACUGUGCUUUAAAGUAGAACGCAACAAAAGGUCACACAUGAUGCAGGCAUUAUUGUUACGAGCUUGAACAACCUGCAUGGCGUGCUGCCACAUUUUCUUGUGGUGCAAGAUUACUUCAUGUGGAGUUGCCUCCUUGCCGUUUUGCUGCUGUUCAUGGAAAGAAAAAGUGCCUUUUUUGUUAAGUUUUUGUUGUCUCAAUAUUGUGUAUGAAAGGUACGUGAGUUUAAUAAUUGGUGGAUGAAAACAAACUCCAGAAGCUUUUUUAAAAGCACAUUGUAAUUGAAUGCAAUCAGUGUUUUAAUUUUGAUUACUUCCAAUCAUACCAGUAAAAGAGGCUAACAGAACCAUUAACACCUGAGUGCAACGUGUAAUGGUCGAAAUGUAUGCCAUAAACAAACAUUAGCACUUGUUAUUUAUGCACAAUUCCUAAGCAUAGCUCUUAACUUAUUAUGUAAAAGAUGUCAUUAAUGAGAGCAUGGUGAAACUUUUUGGCUAUUUGGAUUGCCAAGUCGGAACAUUAAGUGGGACUUUUAACCUGCAUCUCCGACGUGUGCCAUAUAUCAAAUAAUGUCUAAAGCCAUGUUUGAUGAGCUGCUAAGGUACACUAUGGAGCCAUGCUGUGCUGCUUUUGUUCUGCCUAAUACGAACUGCAAUUGGAAUUUCUGAGGUGGUUCCUGGUGCAGAGAACAGUCAACUGAACCUAAACUCUUCAGUUCAAAAUGGCAUGUGUCACAACUGACACAUUGCCAACAUGCUGCAUACUUAUUGUUUGGCACACUAGGAAAUUGUGGUGCCAAUGCAUCAUCUGUAAUCUAAGAGAACCUCAGCAAGCGUACUGAAAAACAGAACCACUGUUGCAUUGUCUGCAUGUUCAGAAAAAAAAAUUCGACAUUAUGUGUACACAAGUUUUUGUACUUGAAUGCAAUGGAGUCCCGUCUGAUUUACGAUGCAACGGGGAUAAAAAGUGACUCCAUAGGUUCCUGUAUUUCCAUUUGUGUACAUAGUAGUACUUGAGACUUUUCUAAAUAAAUCCUUGUGUGUCCUAUUUA